AUGGCUUCCCCCGGGAUCCUCGGCACCCCCGUGGCCCCAGCCCCACGGGGUGUUUGGCCCGGCCCCCGGGAGCCUGCCCGGCCUCUCGCCUUCCCUUGUCCCCCGGCCCACUCGGCCCUUGCGCCCUCCCCGGUCCCUGCUUGCCUCUGUCAGGCGCCCUCAUCCCCAGCCCGGGCCUGCUCCCCCUCCCCGGCGCUCACACCCACCCUCUCCUCGCCCCCCACAGUGGAGGAGCCCGAGCGGAAGCGCAAGAAGGGCCCGGCCCCCAAGAUGCUGGGCCACGAGCUGUGCCGCGUGUGCGGGGACAAGGCGUCGGGCUUCCACUACAACGUGCUCAGCUGCGAGGGCUGCAAAGGCUUCUUCCGGCGCAGCGUGGGGGGGCGCCGCCCCUCCGGGGGCGGCGCCCCCAUGAACGCCUUCAUGGCGCAGUGCCGGGUGCCAAGGGGCAGGCGGAUGAGGGAGCAGGGGUCGGAGGAGCAGAUCCGCAGGAAGAAGAUCCAGAAGCACCAGCCCUCGGGCUCAGGGCCCGGCUCGGGGGCCACCCCCGGGGCUCCCAUCCCCGGGCCCGUGGGCUCCCCGGCCGCCUCCUCGGAGGCCCCCGCCGACGGUGGCAGCAUCCAGCUGACGCCCGACCAGAAGCUCAUGAUCCAGCAGCUGGUGUCGGCCCAGCUGCAGUGUAACAAGCGCUCCUUCUCCGACCAGCCCAAGGUCACGCCCUGGCCCCUGGGAGCGCCCCGCCGACCCCGGGCAGCGCCGCCCACUUUACGGACUGGGCCCAGGGACCAGAUCGCCUGUCGGCCCACCAUUGAGAUCAUGCUGCUGGAGACGGCGCGGCGCUACAACCACGAGACGGAGUGCAUCACCUUCCUCAAAGAUUUCACCUACAGCAAAGAUGACUUCCACAGAGCCGGCCUACAGGUCGAGUUCAUCAACCCCAUCUUCGAGUUUCCAACCGCGGGCGGUGGGUCGGGACGAGCCGGACGCGCGCAGCCAUCAACUCUUCCCCGCCCGCCCAACCGGGCCGGGGAGGCCCUGCAGCAGCCCUACGUGGAGGCCCUGCUCUCCUACACCCGCAUCAAGAUGCCCCAGGACCAGCUCCGCCCCCGGAUGCUGAUGAAGUGGGAGCCUGGGACGCUGGCCCGCUCACUGGGAGCAGGUGCGCCUGCCCCCAAACAAGAAGCUCCCCGGGCUGCGCCGGAGACUGGGAUGUUCCCCCGGUGA